AUGAUCACCCAUCUCCUCUCUCCCUUAAUUCUCCUCUCCCCAUACCUCUUCUUCGGGCUCUGCGCCCUCGCCCUCGUCGUCCGCCUCCUACACAACAAAUACGGCCAUGGCAUCAACCACCUGCCCGGGCCACGCCUCGCCGCGUACACCGAUCUGUGGCGUCUCUGGAUCGUCUGGGGCCGACGAGCAGAGCGGGUGCACAUUGCCCUGCACGAGAAAUACGGGCCUAUCGUUCGCCUGGGACCCAAAACCGUAUCUAUCUCUGACCCGGAGGCCAUCAAGACCAUCUACGCGCUGAAUUCGGGCUUCGUCAAGUCCGGCUUCUACCCCGUUCAGCAGAGUAUUGCCAAGGGACGGCCUUUGGAGAGUCUGUUCAACACCACGGACGAGAAAUACCAUGCCAGGCUGCGUCGAGCCGUCGCGAAUGCGUACGCCAUGUCCACUCUCGUACAGUUUGAGCCCUUGGUCAACUCCACGACGAGGGCGUUUUUGCACCAGUUGAAGCAGAGAUUCGCCGAUCGAGACGACGACGAUGAAUCCGGCAUCUGCGACUUUGGCACCUGGCUGCAGUACUACGCCUUCGAUGUCAUUGGCGAGCUGACCUUUUCCAAACGCCUGGGGUUUGUGGACCGGGGGGUGGAUGUCGAUUCGAUCAUUGCCAAUGUCGAGUGGGCGCUGGGGUAUUUCGCUGUGGCAGGCCAAAUCCCUCUCCUCGACCGGAUCUUCCUCAAGAAUCCCAUCCGCCUCUGGCUGGCCAAAAUCGGCCUGAUAAACACGACCUCCCCCGUAGUCAUCUUCACACGCGAACGCAUGGCCGACCGCGCAGAGGCCAUGAAAGAGAAACGCGACGAAAGCAAGGCAUCCAGACGAGACUUCCUCUCGCGAUUCAUCGAGUGCCACCACAAAGACCCCGAGUUCAUCACGCCCGAGCGCGUCCUGUCGCUCGCCGUGUCCAACGUCUUCGCCGGCUCCGACACGACCGCCAUCUCGCUGCGCGCAAUCUUCUACUUCCUCCUCCGGAACCCGUCCACGAUGCAGAAGCUGCUGGACGAGUUCCGCCAGAUGGAGGAGAAAGGCGUCUUCCGGCCUGACGACCCCCUCGUGCAGUGGAACGACGUCCGUGAUCUUCCGUAUCUGAGCGCCGUCAUCAAGGAGGCUCUCCGCUGCCAUCCGGCUGUCGGGCUCGUCCUCGAGAGGAUCGUUCCCCCUUCAGGCGUGACGGUUGCAGGGACGUUCCUCCCUGGAGGCACCAACGUCGGCUGCUCUGCAUGGACCGUCCACCGGGACAAGAAUAUCUUCGGCCCAGACCCGGAUGUUUUCCGCCCAGAAAGGUGGAUAGAAGCAUCCGAGGCAAAGAAGAGCGAGAUGAACAGCUAUCUUUUUGCUUUCGGGGCAGGGGCUCGCACCUGCAGCGGCAAGAACAUCAGUCUGCUGGAAAUGCACAAGUUGGUGCCGGCGGUGUUGAAAAGCUUCGAGAUAUCUCUGGCCUAUCCAGAGAGGGAAUGGAAGCUGCGUAAUGCAUGGUUCGUCAAGCAGAGCGAGUUUUAUGUCCGAUUCAAGACUCGAAAAACUCCAACAAGCUAA